AUGGUCUAGGGAUAAAUGUCUAGGGUAGUGCAGGCCGGCGAGUCUUGGCAGCCCUGCACCUUCAACCUCUACCACUCGAUCAGUCCCUCCACCACCGCCAUGUUGGGAGCCGUCUCUCGGGCCUGUUCUUCCGUGCUGAGGGUGGCCAAGCCCGCCAUCGCCGCCAACAACCUCCAGCAUGUAACCGGCAGAACCCUCCCCACCCUGUUCCCGGCACACCGCCAGUAUGCUGCCAAGGCCGAGGCUGCCACCCAGACUGGCGUGGCCAACGGCAGGAUUGUGGCAGUCAUUGGUGCCGUGGUGGACGUACAGUUUGAUGGAGAGCUGCCGCCCAUCCUCAACUCCUUGGAGGUGGAGAACCGCUCCCCAAGGCUGGUGCUGGAGGUGGCCCAGCAUCUGGGAGAGAACACUGUGCGUACCAUUGCCAUGGACGGUACCGAGGGUCUGGUGCGCGGCAAUGCUGUGAGGGACACUGGAAGCCCCAUCUCCAUUCCCGUCGGGCCCGGAACAUUGGGACGCAUCAUCAACGUUAUUGGAGAGCCUAUUGAUGAGCGUGGCCCCAUCCCCACCGAGCACUUCUCUGCCAUCCACGCUGAGGCUCCCGAUUUCGUUGAGAUGUCUGUGGAGCAAGAGAUCCUGGUGACUGGCAUCAAGGUGGUGGAUCUUCUUGCCCCCUACUCCAAGGGUGGAAAGAUUGGUCUGUUUGGUGGAGCUGGUGUGGGCAAGACUGUACUGAUCAUGGAGCUGAUCAACAAUGUCGCCAAGGCUCACGGUGGUUACUCCGUGUUCGCUGGUGUUGGUGAGCGCACCCGUGAGGGCAACGACUUGUACCAUGAAAUGAUUGAGUCAGGUGUCAUUUCCCUGAAGGAUGACACCUCCAAGGUAUCGCUGGUGUACGGCCAGAUGAACGAGCCCCCAGGUGCCCGUGCCCGUGUGGCCCUGACUGGCCUCACAGUCGCUGAGUACUUCCGUGAUCAGGAGGGACAGGAUGUGCUGCUCUUCAUCGAUAACAUUUUCCGCUUCACCCAGGCUGGUUCUGAGGUGUCUGCCCUGUUGGGUCGUAUUCCCUCUGCUGUGGGUUACCAGCCUACCCUGGCCACUGACAUGGGUAGCAUGCAGGAGCGUAUCACCACCACCAAGAAGGGCUCCAUCACCUCUGUGCAGGCCAUCUACGUGCCUGCUGAUGACUUGACUGACCCUGCCCCAGCCACCACCUUUGCUCACUUGGACGCCACCACUGUAUUGUCUCGAGGCAUUGCUGAGUUGGGCAUUUACCCUGCUGUGGAUCCUCUUGACUCCAUCUCCCGUAUCAUGGACCCCAACAUCAUUGGCCACGAGCACUACAAUGUUGCACGUUCUGUCCAGAAGAUCCUCCAGGACCACAAGUCCCUGCAGGAUAUCAUUGCUAUCUUGGGUAUGGAUGAACUGUCUGAGGAGGACAAGUUGACUGUGGCCCGUGCUCGUAAAAUCCAGAAGUUCCUCUCCCAGCCUUUCCAGGUUGCUGAGGUCUUCACUGGCUAUUCUGGAAAGUUCGUCUCUCUUGAAAAGACCAUCGUUAGCUUCAAGGAGAUCCUCGCCGGCAAGUAUGACCACCUACCUGAAGCUGCGUUCUACAUGCAGGGUGAUAUUCAGGAUGUGCUGGACAAGGCAGAUCAGCUUGCAGCCCAAGGAAGCUAAACAGGAACAUAAUAUUUAUGUACAGAGUGUUGCAACGUUCCAUUAACCAUACUAGGUGUCGAGCACUUAAGGAGAGAAGCUUAAGAUAAUGGCAAACCUCGGAUAUCCUAUGGAGGAUAUUAGUGUUGUACAGAUUCCAAUGAAAAUGUAAAUUUAUAUAAAUAAAUGUUAAAAUCAAAGUUAAUUUGGCUCCCCUUUCAUCCCAGUUGUCUUGCUGUCAACUGAAAGGGGUGAGUAGCAUAGCUAAAGUUAUGGCACCAAGUAACUAGACGUUCUCUGGUUACAGAGUGAGGACUAGACAUGAAAUGUGACCCUCUGCCAACCUCAUUCCCAUUGGUCUGUCUUGGAACUGGUAUCUGCUUUUGUUCAGUGUUGCUUGUCCCAUAGGGGAUAGGCACAUGGUUGUGUUGAGUAUAUCUUAGGUAAGGGGACUCAUUUCAAUGGGUGAUAUCCUCAUAUGACUUGUUCUCAUUUUGAAUACUUGAAUUAUUCGGGAAAUAGGUAAUACUACAUUGCAGUGUUGCCCUUCAGCUUCCAAGGAAUGCCUUGGCAAGAGAAAUUCUUUAUAUGGGCCAGCAGCCCAUUGACCAUCCCUCCCCCUAUCCAGCAGUACAUGCACCAAUAUUUCCCUUGUCCACCAGUCCCUCUGGCAUUCAUCUCCUGUUCACAAGUCAGCUGUCCAUCCAUCAUUGCUCCAUUUGUCCAUCAGUCCAGCCUUCAUCCUGCCCCUAUCCAGCAGUACCCCACUAUGUGUAUAUAUAUGACUGCCAGCUAUUGUUGGCUGAUAGUCUAGUGGAAAGUUCUGCUUCACUUUCACUUGACUUGUUAAUUGACCACGAGGACCAUUACUACCGUAGCUCAACCCAAAACCCUAAUAUUUCUACUAGCAAGUGCUGCCAUGUGCUCACCACCAUUUCAUCCAAAAAUUAUUUGAACCCGUCAACAUGCUUAUGGCCACCAAAACAGUAAGAGAAUUAAAGACCAUGAGGUCAACUGUGUCAGUAAUUUGAAGCAGGACAAGUACAAGCAGGUAGCCUCUACUAGCCUGAGCCCAAGCACUUCACUGCUCACCAAGACAUGAGACUCGGGAUAGUAAAGAUGGAGAGCACUUUGGUGGUGUGGAUUGAAGACUAGACACAGCCAAAUAAGUGGGCUAUGUAAACUUGUUUCAAUAAAAAUACUACAAGAAUAA